AUGUUGAGACUACGGAUCGAACUAAUUCUCCUAACGCUCUUGUCAGGCAGUCUUCUCACAAAGGCGCAAGUUUUCCUUCCCGAACUGUGUGUAUUCGCCGAACAGCACUGUCCAAAUUCGCGAAUUAGUUUCUGGUUGUACAAAAACAACACUAGGGAGCAGCCCACGCUGCUGGAUCCGCUCAACCCGCUGGCUCAGCACUUUGAGCCGCGCCUGCCUCUCAAAAUACUCAUACAUGGCUUCAUCGGGAAUCGCAGUCUCACGCCGAAUCUCGAGGUACGCGAUGUGCUCUUGCAAUCGCAGCCCGUCCAUGUCGUAUCCAUCGACUAUGGCAGCUUGGUGCGUUGGCCCUGCUAUUAUCCUUGGGCCGUGCAGAAUGCGCCCAUUGUGGCCAAGUGCUUGGCACAGUUUGUCGAUGGACUGCUGGAUGCUGGCAUUUACACACGCGACCACAUACACCUGAUCGGCUUCAGCUUGGGCGCCCAGGUGGCCGGCAUGUCGGCCAAUUAUCUGAAGCGCAAGCUAAAGCGCAUAACGGGCCUCGAUCCGGCGGGACCCGGCUUCAUGACUGCCUGGUCGCAUGAGAAGCUGGACAGCAGCGAUGCGGACUUUGUGGAUGUCAUACACACCGAUCCGUUCUUCUUUUCCUUGCUGCCGCCCAUGGGUCAUGCGGACUUCUACCCCAAUCUGGAGCACUUCAACCAACUGGGCUGCAGCUACGUCAGCAAAUGGCGAUUCUAUAACUGCAAUCACUAUCGCGCCGCCAUCUACUAUGGCGAGUCGAUUCAAAGCACCCGUGGCUUCUGGUCCCAGCAGUGCGGAGGGUGGCUCGACUUUUUCCUGCAUCGCUGCAGCCGUUACUCGCACAUGUCCGACACUCAAAUGGGCUACUUUGUUUCAGAGAACGCCACCGGCUCCUACUUUCUGACCACCCACGAGGAGGCACCAUUUGCCAAGGGACCGCUCAUCGAUUUCGAAAUGACAGUCAUUGGAGUUUAA